UGGGAAAUCGAUUUUUCAUGUAGGUAGGUAUCUUUGUGAUGUGACAAGUGAGGCAAGUCAUAAUAUCAAGGUGGAGAAAAAUAUACCAUUAUUAAAUUAUGUAGGUUGUUGUAAUGUAUUGGAAAUUCCUUAGUCUAAUAUUGCUGGCUGUGAUAGUUGAAUCAAGGGGCCCUCAUCAUCCCAGAGGCGACAAAAUUGUAAAAAGGCACGUCCACUACUCCCCUACCAAAGACAAUAAUGAGAAGUUAACAGAAGAUAUGCAGCUUCUGCAUGAUAAAGAACAUAUACAGGAACAUUUGGAAGACAUAAUUCCAGAACCAGAUUUAUCAAAAAUGACAGAAGAAGAAUUGGAAUUUUAUUAUUUUCAAGUACAUGAUACCGAUAAAAAUUCUAAACUUGAUGGCCUAGAAUUAUUACAAGCCAUUCUUCAUACUGAUUCAUAUUACGAAGAUUUAGAUGAAGAGAAUGGAUCCGGUAUGGCGAAAACGGAGGUUGCUGAUUUUAGUUACUUUGUUGAGUUAGUGGAUCAAGUACUAAACGAAGACGAUACAGAUCAUGAUGGUUAUUUAAGUUACGCAGAAUAUGCUGCUAAGAGACGCUUGCAUAAUAAGAAAAACAGUAUCAAACAUUACAAUAGAUAAAAAUAGGUCUCAAAUCAAUACUUUAAAUGUAUUUUCGUUUCAUACUAGUCAAUA